AUGUAUGAAUCCCAGCAACAUUUGGUAGAUUUACAGGAAAAUGCAGGUUUUGGUUCAGAUCCCAACUCAUGGUUAUCCGGCGCCGACGACCGCUCGACUCUCAGCCGAACUUUUUCUUCUCUUUCCACCGCAUCCGCUUCCGCUGCAGCCUCUGGCGAUGUCGACCGUGUUCUCUUCAACGAUCUCGUUGAGAUGGUCCCUCUUGUUCAGUCUCUCAUUGAUCGGAAAGCGAAUCCUUCAUUUACACGACGGGGUUCAAUGAUCUGUACCAAGAUGCCCAGUAGAGAAUCUCUUUACAAGAAGGCAAUCCCAACAAAAAAGCAGAGGGACCAAAACAAAAAUGUGGCAAGUAACCAAGAUGGAUGUGCUGAUGAUUUCUCCAUUUUCUCCUCAAGUCCAAUGUUUUCAGAAAAGGAUAGACAAGAGUUGGCAUCACUUAGGGAACAAGUGGAAGAUCUACAGAGAAAGCUUUCAGAAAAAGAUGAACUUCUGAAAUCAGUGGAACUUUCAGAGAAGGAGGUGGCAUCCAUCCAUAAGGAACUUGAUAAACUUAAAAAUGAGGAUGCAGAAAAGGAUUUUUUGAUUAAGUCCAGUCAACUACAGCUUUCUGAUACGAAGACUAAGCUUGCUGACAAGCAAGCAGCCGUUGAGAAAUUACAAUGGGAAGCAACAACUGCUAACAAAAAAGUGGAGAAGCUCCAAGAAGAUCUAGAAAUGGUGCAAGGAGAUAUUUCAUCAAUGAUGCUAUUAAUUCAAGGCUUAACAAAGAGUGAUUCCCUUUCUGCUGAAGACUAUGAUGAUGUCUCUUAUCCUCUAGAUGAGAAUCACGAUUUAGAUGAUUUGAAUGAAACUGAGAUGCAGGAAAUGGAGGCUGCAAGAGAAGCUUACAUUGCUGCUGUUACUGCUGCAAAAGCAAAGCAAGACGAAGGGUCUAUUGCUGCAGUUACCAGUGCUAGAUUACGUCUUCAAUCAUUAGUUAUAAAACAAAAAAUAUAA